UUCCUUGUCCGUCCAGUUCUGGCGUCGAUGUCUACCAAGAAGUAGCCUGUCGCUGUUCACCUAUCGUCACGGCUUCGCUGUUAUUGCAAUGUUUUUCAAACGUUGUAGGUUUCUGUGCUGGUGUCCGAUGCAAUGCUAGAAGACUCCUUUUUGUAACAGGUAGUAGGGGAUAACUCCGCGUCCGCCGUGCCUUGAAAAUAGUAGUUACCCACUGCUGGGUACGUGCUUCCUACGCCAGAGUUGCUCCUAGCUGCGGUCCCCACCGCAUUUUCACGAAAAUAUGCACCGCGGCGCACGCGCACCACCUCUGUGGGUUAUCGCAACGAAAAUCGUCGUGAUUGCCCUUGGCCUUACUCCGCUAGUGCCCUACGGAACUGCCUUGUCGUUGCGUCUCCAGAUGAGCGUCGACGCUACGAGCAGGGAGGAGCUGCUGCACGACCAUGGUACAAAGUAGAUCUUGCUACGCAGAGUGUUUGUGACAAACGUGUUUAUUUGUGCGGUUGUAUCUCAGAAUUUGAAAUUUGUCAGCGAAUCUGAGCUUUUGAGUACAAGGAACUAGUAAUCCACUACCUCUCGCUUUUACAACAGGAGCCUCACUGCUUCCAUUCGGACGCCGCCUGGACAUUCGACCCCGGGAGCGAGCGCUUCUCGCAGAGCAGCGACAGGAGCGGCCGCCCGGUGCUCCCACGUUCGACUCGCUGAACCUCGAGGAGCCGCUUGUGGCGCGUCUGUCGAACAUGCAGAUAGGAAACGCCAAGAAGCCAGGGCAGGUUAACAAACUUUGUCGACGAUUGUCCUCGGCCUCUGCGGGUUCUUUGCGAGUAUCUCGAGCUAAAGCAGUAGACGAAGGAGCUCUAAAAAAAGCUUCGGACGAAAGUAGCGGCGAAGUCGUGUCGGUGCGAGAAUUACAUCAGCUGAAGGAAGAGAUCAGGCAGCGGGGUUUCGACAAUGACACGCUUUGUUCGUCAACCGCCGCUUUGUCCGGCACGAGCAGUCUCAGCUCGGGGUCGCUGAUAAAAAUGGCAGCAGUACGACCUCCGAUGUUGCCGUUGAGCAGCAGCCUCUUUGCACACGACCUGCAGCCUACUUUGGACCGUGGCCUGUAUGUGCAUUUCGAGACCAGCAGCAGCCCGACACCAGGCGAGGAAAGAACGGGGAACAAGUUUUCAUUCGAUAUUGACGAGGGUCUGGAUCCAGGACGGGAGGAGGUGAAGCAAAUGAGAACCCCGGCCAGGUUCGGGAGAUCCGAGCUAUUCGGUAGAUCCGAUACUAGCUCGUGGUGGGCCGGCGCGCAAACGAAUUCACUGCUUACGGCUGUGGAGGAGACUUCGGCAUCCGAGCACGAACUUCCCUACGGCUAUGUUGAGCAUUUGCGGGAACAAUCAGUUGGCAGAAGUAGCACCUUGGGUAGAGUAAAGCCACGACGUCAACAGCCCGCCCGCCACAUUGCGGAAGAGGUGGCAAUUGCGGCCCUUGGCGGGUGGGGAUGAAGAAGGGAAAGCCCAUUGAGUUUCGCUCUACUGAGAGGUACAAAGAUGGCGCAUAAAGCGAAUGGCGCUAAAGACUUCAAAGCGGUAUUUGUGGGCGCAUCAAGUUUCAAUACUCCAACAAGUAAGUUCGUCUUCACUGCGAAAAAGAAAAACCAGAUGUAUGGAUUAUGGUUGACCAAACUCGUUUCUCUAUGUUGUUUGUGGUGCGAAGACGAGCCAAUGAAUAUUGCAAUCACAAGAUUGCAGCUCGACUGCACUUUUGGCAAAAGCCAGAUAUUGCCUCUGCUAGAGUGCCGCGGAACCGAGCAGGAAGACUGACAAAAUUCAAUAUGAAAACAAAGGGUUGUCUCCUUCAGAGAACAAAGAUUCACUUACUUUGGCGUCUCACAGCAGAGUGCUGUCGAU